CUCGGUGCAAUUGCAGACUGGAGCGCCCAUGGAAGCGGUUAGGUGCUCCGAGCACGGGAUCGUGUGUUUUCUCAAGACCGGCGUCCGCGAUGGCCCGAAUAAAGGAAAGAGCUUCUACGUGUGCCCGGCUAACACCUGCAGCUUCGUGCUGGCAGCCGAUAUUCCUGUUUCUCAUUGUUUAUUGCAUGAGGACUGUGUAGUAGGGCUUCAGGGUUUGCUUCUACCACCAGGCAAGGAAGAAUAUAGAUUGUUCUUCCAGUGCAUUAGAAGUAAGGCGGCGGGGAAGCAAUGGUGCGGAAGUAUCCCAUGGCAGGAGCCUCAUUCCAAAGAGCAUUCUGUAACCAACAAGUCUCAGCAUGCCUCUGAGCCUCUUCAUUAUCUUUGCACCCAGCAGAGAAACCCAUUCAAGGUCCUGGACAAGAAUCAAGAACCGUCUCUCUGGAAACAGUUCACCAAAGGCAAAGCUGAGGAAAAGAUGAAUGAUAAGAAGCAAAAGGAAAAGGGAGAUGUGCUCUUGGAUCAAAAGAAGGAAUGGAAGCCUGAACCCAACUGCUGGACGAAGCAAGAUCUCUCAUCUGGCCUGGAGGUAAAGAAAAAACAACCUGCACCUCAAGAGCAGCUGCGAGGGGAGAAGACAGAGUUUCAGUGUGAAGCAAAGGAGAACGAAGGGACGCACACAAGAAACCUUUCUGAGGUUAAAUCCAAGCAGUGCCAUGGUGAGGAGCUGAGGAAACCAUCUGGGUUUCUUCAGGAGAAAUCACAUGUUGAGAGUCAUCCUGUCCAAAAAAAAUCAGAGCCUCUGAGGGAAAAGGAAACCAAGCCUUUGCCUGGAAUUAUUCACAGUCAGAACCCAAUAAGCAAGCCCCGGAAAGGGGAACACGUCAGCAAAGAGCACCCCAAGAGCCGGGAGGCGAGAGAAACAAAGGCAAGGGAAGAGCCAGGCUCGCAGACCACUCGACAAUCGGAGCCCGGGGACGGGCCUGCACCACCGGCCACAGGGCGCUCCCUGGGACAGAGGCCGGAAGCAGCCUCCAGCCAUGGCGACCGUGAGGAGAAUAAUGCCGUUUUCACUUCCUCUAAGCCUCCCUUGCUCUUUGACUCGACUCCAGACUCACACAAGGAGGAGAACCUCCCGUUCCCUGGUCAGAGUGUGCAAAGAAAACCAUCUCCUGCCUCAGGUGUUUCCAGGAAGGUGGAGCCCUCAGACCCAGCAGCCCAACAUGUGUACCUCACAACACAACUGAAGCAAAAGAAGAGCACACUGAGAUCGGUGAACAUCCAGGCUCUUCCAGACAAGGGUCAGAAGUUGCUCCAGCAAAUUCAGGAGUUGGAGGAAGCCCUUGGUGCUCUUGCCCUCACCACAGAGCCAGACACUAAUGAGAAGAGUAACACUCCAGUACCACAAGAGAGAAGCUUCACCAAAAGUACCACUGACCCCCCUCACUUGGUGCCUCCCCAGCCCCUGCAGGGUCAGGGUCUCCACCCUCUGGGUUCUCAAGGACUGAAGGCUGCCUGCCCUGUAGCUGCUGAGGGACCCAGUUGGUGCUAUGGAGGUCCUACGAAACAAGACGGCCCUCACUCUACAUGGAAAAUCAUAAGUAAAGCCAUUGAUGAGCUGCACGCGUCACUUGAGUCUCGGCCCGGUGAGACAGUCGUGGCAGAGGAUCCAGCUGGGCUGAAGGUCCCUUUGCUACUGCACCAGAAGCAGGCAUUGGCCUGGUUGCUAUGGCGGGAAAGUCAGAAGCCACACGGAGGAAUUCUCGCGGAUGAUAUGGGAUUAGGGAAGACCCUGACAAUGAUUGCACUCAUCCUGACCCAGAAGAAUCAAGAGAAGAACAAACAAGAGGACAAAAACACAGCAUUGACUUGGCUUUCCAGAGAUGACUCCUGUGAGUUCACUUCCCAUGGAACGCUGAUCGUCUGUCCUGCCUCCCUGAUUCAUCACUGGAAAAACGAGGUGAUGAAACGUGUGAGCAACAACACGCUAAGAGUCUACCUCUAUCAUGGGCCCAGUCGGGAUCAGCGUGCAAAAGUCCUCUCUACCUAUGACGUCGUGAUCACUACCUAUAACCUUCUGGCCAAGGAGAUUCCCACACAGAAAGAAGAGGGGGUGAUCCCCGGUGCAAACCCCGGUGUGGGGAAGGAUAGUGCAAAAACGCCUUUGCUUCGAAUAGUCUGGGCUCGAAUCAUAUUGGAUGAAGCUCACUGUGUGAGGAACCCGCGAGUGCAGACUUCCAUGGCUGUGUGCAGGCUCCAAGCCCAGGCCCGUUGGGCUGUCACUGGAACCCCCAUUCAGAACACCUUGUUGGACAUGUAUUCACUGCUCAAAUUUCUCCGUUGCUCUCCAUUCGAUGAUUUCCAACUGUGGAAGAGCCAGGUUGACAAUGGUUCAAAGAAAGGAGGAGAACGGUUAAAUAUUUUAACCAAGAGCCUUUUGCUGAGGAGAACAAAAGACCAGCUGGACUCCACAGGCCAGCCCUUGGUGAUGCUGCCCCAGCGUAAAUUUCAAGUGCACCAUUUAAAGCUUUCUGAAGAUGAAGAGAAUGUUUACAGUGUCCUUUUGGCAAGAUCAAGGUCAGCUCUGCAAUCCUAUCUAAAAGGGUGUGAAGGUGGGGGCAACCAAUCUGGAAGAAGCCCUGAUAAUCCAUUCAGUAAAGUGGCCCAGGAGUUUGCUGGGCCCCGGGGGGUGGCAGACUCGCAGAGAUCCAGCACCCCCCACGUACUGUUGACCCAGUUGCUGAGACUUCGCCAGUGUUGCUGUCACCUGUCUCUCCUGAAAUCGGCCCUGGACCCCGCAGAACUGAAAAGUGAGGGCCUUGCCCUUUCUCUGGAAGAGGAGCUCAGUGCUAUGACGUUGUCUGAACUCUGUGACACGGAGUCGUCUCCCCUCAUUUCCCUUAAUGGUGAACAGUUCAAAGCAGAGCUUUUUGAGAACACAAGAGCGAGCAGCAAGAUUUCGUCUCUGUUGGUGGAAUUGGAGGCAAUCCGAAGAAAUGCAGUGUCCCAAAAGAGUGUCGUGGUCUCCCAGUGGACCAGCAUGCUGCAGGUUGUAGCGGGCCACCUCAGGAAGCAUGGCCUGACUUACGCCACCAUCAAUGGCUCUGUCAACCCCAAACAGAGAAUGGACUUGGUGGAGGCCUUUAACAGCUCCAGGGGCCCCCAGGUUAUGCUAAUCUCUCUCUCGGCUGGAGGUGUGGGUCUAAACCUGACUGGAGGAAACCACCUUUUUCUUCUGGAUAUGCACUGGAAUCCAUCACUUGAAGACCAGGCCUGUGACCGAAUUUACCGAGUCGGGCAGCAGAAAGAUGUUGUCGUGCACAAAUUUAUUUGUGAGGGAACAGUGGAAGAGAAGAUCUUACACCUCCAAGAGAAGAAGAAAACUUUGGCUAAACAGGUCCUAUCAGGAUCUGGCAAAACCGUCAAGAAGCUGACUUUGGCUGACCUCAAAGUCCUUUUUGGCAUCUAACUUCCUGUUUCUAGGGCUCCGGGUGGUGCAGCGGCGGGUUUGCGAUAGGGUCUGGAACAGUGACCUGCACAUGGACCUCUGAGCCCUCCUCGGCUUCUCAUUUCACUGGCAAGCCCUAGGCCCUCCGCAGAAGGUGGCGCCAUCUUACCCCCGGGAUUGGGCGCCAGUGAUCACGUUAACCACUUGGUUCUUCGGUCAGGUGAAUCAGUCGCCUUAUUAAAGGGUGACUUAGAAACCAAGGAAUGACUUCAGAAAAAAAGAACAUGCCUUAGAGUUAGAUAACUUUGGAAAAUGACACCGGGGGAGCUUCAGUGAAAGCUCAAAAAGCCCUCCAUUGCCUUGUUCUUCUCAGCUCAGUGGGGGACCCGUGUUCCUGCCCUUUCCAACGCCGGCUCGCCCUCUCUCCUGCCAGUGAGGCUGCUCCCUUUAACGUGUCUCUGGGCAGGGCAGAGAGAGGACCCCGAGGCCAAGCCUCUGCAGCUGUCUCCGGCCACACCGUUCUGCCGCACUGGCAUCAGAGCAAGGAGCUGCUUGGUCCCAGAACAGACGUCUGGUACGGGUGCCCUCGUGCCACCCGGUAUGGGGUAUCGUUUCACUUCCUGGGGUUCCAUCGCUUCCUGUUGCUAGAGCGUCAUGUGCUGCCUCUGAAAUAAAGUUUACUACUGGGCAUUUUUUCAGUA